AGCCGCUUCAGUCUGCUGCAGCCCAGCCGCGCCCGCCGCGGCUCCAGGACGCGCUCCAGCCAUGGCGCGUGGACGCCCGACUGUCGCCCUGGCAGCCGUGGUGGCGUCCGCCUGGAUCUCCGCCCAGCUCGCUGCCUCGCCCGCGCUCGGCUUCGCCACCCCCGUGGCGGCGAGAUCCCGGCUGCCGGCGCCGGCCGCGCCGGCGCGGGGCCCCGCGCACGGCAGUGGAGCUGCCGCCGCUGGUGGCUCCUCGGCCGGCGCAGCGGCCGCAGGGGAGCCGCGGGGGCCCAGCGCCAUCGCGGGCGCCCUGGCGGCGGCCGCCGCCCUGCUCGUCGGCAUCUGCGCGGGGGCGUCGCCCUCGCAGGCCUUCUUCGGCAUGGGCAAGUCAGGCGAGAUCAUAGGGGAGUUCCAAGCCUCCGGGAUGAUCUUCAAGGACACCCUGGACGUGGAGCGGAUCACCGAUCCUAAGGUCAAGGGCGUCACGAUCUACCAGACGGACUUCUCCAAGUCGGCCCUGGACAAGGCCAUGGCGGGCAACCUCCUGCAGUCCGAUUCGGGGGCCUCGGGCCUGGCGUGCAUCGCCGACGGCCCCGUUCUCAUCUCCAGGGACCUGGUCAAGGACAAGGCGGGCGAGGAGAUCUUCAGCGAAGACAAAGGCAUCGGCAAGAAGCUCAAGGUCAGGCGCGUCUAUGACGAGACCUCCAAGAAUCUCGUCUACGUGGUCUUCACGGAGCGUUUCAUGAAGUCCGACAAUGACAACGGGAGCCGAUUCAAGAGCGUAGCCUGUGCCGUCCACGUGACUGGGGAGCAGUGAGGCCCCUCUCUCACCCCGUCUCAUCUCCCGCCUUCCCCCCCCCCUUUUACCCCCUUCUCAUCAUCUCUCAUCCCCCAUCCCUCAUGCAUCCUCCCCCUCUCCCUCUCCCCUCCUCGCUCCUCCAUCGUAGCAUCCAUGCGCUGUUCCGCCGGUGUCAGGACAUUGAUUUUCUCGGGUCGACCCGUAGAGACAGGUGUAAAGACGCUACCAGCACGGCUGCUAACCAUGUCGAGCGUAGCAGAAACGGUGGCCACGAUGACGCUGACCUCAUCUUCCCCACGGUGGUGCAUUGCCGUCCUCUCCCGGCGGGGCCUGCCUGGCGGCGCCCACAGUCAGUCGUCGGCACGCAUCGGGAGCGUCCGCGCGCAGGCUGCGGGAGCUGUGCUGCCAGAGCAGGGGGACGAGGGACGCGGCACGCGUGCUGAGCACGAGCCUUGC